AUGAACAUGGAGAUGGUCAUAAGCUCUCAGCCAGUGAGGAUGUCCGUAGCUGCAGAAGGCGAAAAGCAUACGUUGACCGUGCAUGAGACGGCCUUGAAGCAAAUACCAUAUUUCAAGGAAUCUUCGUGGUGUGCUGGAAAAAAGGAAUUGGACAUUACGCUUCCGGCUGGUACUGGGAUCGAAGCAAUGCAGUACCUGCUCACUCGAUGCUAUGGACUCCAAUUGUCCAAGCCAUCGGCCAGGCUAGCAUGCCAGAUGUUCUUGCUGUCGGAGUUUUUUCUGAUGCAUGAAGACCGAGCUGCGAUUCUGGAUCUCCUGAAGAGUACUCUCGUAUCCCAAAAGGCCCUUGAAGAGGCCCGCGAGUGCUUCAGGGAGAAAGAGGUGCCUCAAGAAUUGCAGCACUUUCUGAGCAAAGUUGCGACUUCUGUGGAGUCCUUGGUAGUGGAUGUUGCGCAGUGGGGCGAGGCAUCGGUGAAAGCAAUGCUUCAGACUUGCCUUGCCAGCAUAUCAACAACUCCUGAGAACCUUGAUCCUGCCAAGCCGGAAGAACCUUCGUCUGCUUCGAGUCUGUACUAUCGGAUUAAUGGUUACCAAAAGCUUUGGGAAGGUUUGUCUCCCGAGGAAAAGAAGAAGUGGGAAUCUCAAGCGGAGGGACUGCAGAAACGCUUCCCGGAGCUUGAGAAGUCUUGGAAAAAGCGGCGGCAGAUUGAGGAAAAGCAUUUCGAGAAAGUGCGGGAAAUCUUUGAUCGCCGAAUUUCUCGAGGCCUGGUAAAGGCCGAUAUUUCCACCUUGAUGAGCAUGCUGGUCGGUUGCCCGACUACCAGAGUCCGAGCCUACUUCACACGGGAUGAAAGAGUGCAGACGGGCAAAGCUGCCUCCUCUCCUGACGAGGAAUACAAGUGGAAGUUUCUAAAGUUUUCGCUGCAAAGAGGCUUCGAGUCCUUGAGUGCUGUGGCGUUUGCUAUGAUUGCUGCUCACCCGGACUUCUGGGCCGUCUUCCUCUUGGAUUUGGUCGCAGGUCUUCCAGUCGAGGUUGAGGCACAAAGUCGCAAGAAUGCUGAUGGGAAUUUCACAUUCACUACUGUUGGUGUUGAGCUGGCAGAGGGCUUCUGGAAGCGCUUGGCAAAGGUGUUGGAAGCUGUUCUUGACCUUGGGAUACGCUUGUUGAAGGAGAGCAAGCUGCAGCCUGUUCAGCUGAUUACCGGUCUUGCAAUGCUUAUGUUCAAUAUCUUCUCGGUGGACGACUACGAGCCUGUGCCCUCUUGGUUGCGAUCUGCAUUCGGGAGGGUGGCUGCUGCCCUGGACCCUGCUGCGAGGGCCCUCCUUGUUGACACCCUGGUGCUUUCGCGGCUUCCUCAGACUGUCGAGACAUGCUGGGAGCAAACGAUUCGGAGCAGCAUCCAUCCGCCCUCGGAGUUGUUUCGCUUGCGUAAAUUGCUCAACUCCAGACCAGCAGCAGACCGGUCAAGCAUAGUAGAUGAGCUGACGCGAGAAGUCGAAGUGUUUGCGUUUUUCGAGGAUGCAGGCAAACAGCAAAUCUGCCACUUCCUGAUGCAAGGGCACGGUGACUGUCACUCGUUUCUGUAUUGGCUUCGUGGCAGCAAGCUACGAGCGAUGGGGUUGGAACUGCAAAUUUCAUGUAUCAAUUGGCUCGGAGCCCAUGUCCUUGAUCUAGUCGACAUUGACCUACUGGACAUGAUUGAUGAGUGGCUUGAGGCAUUCAGUGACUCCCCCAAGCUGCUGCAGUCGCUAGCUGUGCUCUUGAUGCCCAUCUUCCCCCACUUCGACGAAGAGACUCAUGACCGCCUUAUGGAGCUGGCAAAUCCAACCAGCGCUGACUUGGGCCAAGCUGUUGCCUCGAUCCAGGAAGUGCAACAGCCUGCCGCUGACUCCACUGAGCCCACUCAGGAGCCGGAGCAGAAGCGAUCCCGGAUUGCGUGA